AAUUAGCCAUAAAUGAAUCUUUUCGAUCUGCAGAUGCAAUUAUUCCAACAUUACAAGUAUCGCAAAAUUAUUCUCGAUUUAAACUUACAAGUAAACUUCUUAAUUUUCAAAUUCUUUCUAAACCAGUCGAUUCAUCUUUGAUUCCAUCUGCAGAAUGUUCAACUUAUUCUAUAUCACAAAAUUUUUCAAUUCUUGAUGAAUGA